GGCCAUCCCGCAGUCUGUCUACCCGUCUACACUGACCUUCUCUCAUCGAUAAACUGCCUGUUAUAUCAGCUACCAUGAUUAAAUUCGACAAUAUGAAAUGUUCAGGCUGAUAAUCGUUCAUCAAAAGCGAUGGCUCACGAGUCUACAAUACCACUGCUGGAAGGCGAUGGGUCCCCCGCGAAAAUCGAACCCGACAUCGAGCUACCCGUAGCACCCAAUGCGCUGCUUCUAGAUAUCCACACAUUGGCUAGCAGCUGUGGUGAUAUGCUAAAUAGACUCUGCAGUCAAUAUGAUGAGGACAGUGUCUCUGCUAGAGAGGCAAGGAAGCAGCUGACAAGUUUCAAUAUCUGGGUAGCGUCCGUUGGUGUAUUUCGAGAGGGACACCAUUCUCUGGCUGCUAGGUUAAAAAACACACCUGAGAUAAGCAAUCAUACUGAGCAGCUGCUCACAAGUCUCAAAGAUGUUCUUGACACUCAACUAUCUCUCGAUGAGAAAGACAAUACGGAUGAUAGCGACUCUGAUAAGUCUUCCGAUAGAUCAUCGACCUCUUACCGACUUGGCGAGGAACCUGAUACGUCGGAUAUGCCUCCUGCCACAGGGCUCUGGAUUUCCAUUCACAGCAAGAUAACUAGUCUACGACAGCUUGCAAUCAGACUACACCGCGCAGGAACAACUCAUCGUAAAGCACGGGUAGAUCGAUUCAUCCAGCUUGAAAGAAACCAAGAAAUUUACGGUAUGUGGACGAGACUAGCGUACACAAUGGCCAGUCAUGCGUUUCCCAAGGCUUCGACCGAGCUGCAUGAGAGAAUCGCAGUGUCCAUCGCCAGAAGACGAGCGAAGCUCAUGUAUUUGGAGAGUCAUAGAAUCAAGAAAACUGCCACAAUUAUCAAAGCGGGGGAUACAUCUAAGAAGCCGGCUCCUUUGCAACUCACCGAAAACAAAUUCAGCAAGAGUAGCUUGCGAAUACCUACUAUGGUAGUGCCAUCACCACGGAGUACAGCAGCAAGGACCACAGCACAAACAGCGGUGAUUUCACAGACUACCGCCACAAAAUACCAAGCCCCAAAACGUGCAGAAUCCGUCUUAUCAACAAAAGUUUCCACCGAUGGCCUUCCGGUAGUGCCAAAGUUUAGCGACGAUCAGGCGUGGUUCGACUGCCCCUUCUGCUGCACAACUUGUCCCUCAACUGAGCUGAGCACUGCUGCGCAAUGGCAAAGACAUCUGAUUCACGACCUGGAGCCCUUUUUCUGUGUCUUUGGAUCAUGUACAGAGCCGUUCACCGACGGCGAAUCCUACAGCGCAUGGUUGGAUCAUAUCCAGAAGAGUCAUUCCACGCCACAGUGGUAUUGCUGGUACUGUCAAUCUGCAACUGUACCACUACAAACAUUCUCAUCAUCCGAUGCUUUAGAAGAACACUUGAGAGACAUGCACAACGACAAGACGACAGACUCUGUCCGAUCGGUCAUUGUCAAUCACAGCAUGCUAACUCAACCGCCACCUUUACACGACUGUCCGUUCUGCGGUGGUUAUCCAGAAGAAAUCGAAAAAGCAUUUCCAGAUCGACAGGGCUAUGAUGCAGUCGAGGCACUUGCCAAACACAUGCGGGACCAUCUCAUAGAAGUCGCGUUGAUGAUGCUUCCUACAGACUAUGAUGCCAAAGAUCAAGACGAAAACAAUGAUAUUAAAUCAGAAGCUGAUCGAGGAGAUGUUGAAUAUCAAAAUGUUGAUGGCUUGGAAGUGCUAGACAAGCGAGUUAGGGCUGGCGACUUGAAAUGCGGAAGAAUAGACUGUGACUGCUUAGUUGAACCAAUUCCUUAUUUCCUCGACUUUGACUGGUCUCAGUUCUCCCAGACAUUUACAAUAGCUGGUGACAAUAUGUCUGCACCCAUCAAUUUUGAUGAUCCUACAUUCACUAUAUGGCAAAUAGGGUUACCGGGUGAGUGGCAAUUCUUGGAUGUCCACUACGGCAGGCAACUUUGGCUAAACGUCAGUGGUGUUUACGAUGAUGAUCCUGCAAAUGAUCCAGUACUUCGUAUGCUCUUUGGGUCCAAGCUACUUGAAGCAGCAGCAAAUCGAAAAGUGCGAUACAUGUGUCGGGACCCCGCCGAGGCAGGUAUUCAAAGCUCACUUCAGCCAGAAGUCCCAUUGUCAGCGUGUAUCUUCUGCAAACGCGGCAAAAUGUAUAGUGAGCAUUACGGUGCUGCCGCUCAUUUGCGUCGCGUUCACUUCAACCCUCGGUCGACUCGUGGCCGCAGAGAGAACCUGGGGGGAACUGAGCUGCAUCGAGAUGGUCGGGACGGUGUCAACUGGCCGCCUACGGCUGACCUUGCCAAUAUCUGGUUCAGAGAGGUGUUGGUACCAAUUGUAGAGCCGAGUGAAGGUUUUGCAAUUUCAUCGGCAGCUUAUGGAACUAGUCCAAUAUCAUCUGAUGAAGACAUUUCAACCACGCAUAUAGACAAAGCAGAGGGGGAAUCGCUGAGGAAAGGAGAUACCAGCCCAGACAGUAUGAUACAUUUCUUCCCUACUGACGAAAGGGUGAAUGCACAAAGUAGCAGACUCCCACCUCGCCCUUCUUCCCGAGACGAAUUCCGUAUUGCCAUAUUCUGCGCUUUAUCGAUGGAGAGAGCCGCUGUUAAGGCCGUCUUCGACUACAUUUGGGACGACUCCGGGACCCUAUACGGCAAGUUGCCAGGUGAUGAAAAUAUAUAUACAACAGGAUUCAUUGCUGGUUACAAUGCCAUCUUGGUGUAUCCAUCUGCAAUUGGGGUAUCCAACACGUCUCGCAUGGCAGCCAGUUGUCGGCGUAGCUUCCCAAGCAUCCAAAUUGCCGUUGUGGUUGGGAUCUGCGCAGUCGUUCCUGGCCUUGCUGAGAAUGAAAGAUUGCUUGGUGAUAUUAUUGUUAGUGAAACUAUUUUACUACCUAAUAUGAAGAGGCCUACAGAUGACGGAACCGUCCAGCAGCGACCGUUGUGGAGAUACGAGCCCACGCUCGCAAGAUUUAAGACGUCCGAGCUCAACACACAAGUCGCAACACGAAUUGGGUUUAUUUUACGUGGACUUCAGGAACAGCUUGAUUUGAAAGCCCACUAUCCAGGCACCGAAUACGAUAUGUUAUUUGAGCCGGGAUUUAAGCAUCUUAAUGAAGCAAAAUCAUGCACGGAAGCCGGCUGUAACGGUGCGUUGAUAAAUCGCCAGCGCCUGUCUCUAUACAGAAGAGACACCAGCGCGAUCGCACACAACCUUUUAGUUCCGGAUUUUUAUCAGAAUGGUCCAAUCUUACGGAGUCCGAGUCAGACUGCAUUACAACAAGCCACCCCAGUGGUUCACAUCGGGUCAAUCGCAUCUACCAAUGUAGCGAUGAGGUCAGCAGAAAGGCGAGAUGCGUUGUCUAGCAAAGAGGGAAUUAUUGCAUUUGAGGUGGGAAUGUCUGAUAUAUUCAACAUAUUUACAGGUUUCAUGAUUAAGUCUGCAGCUGAUUAUGCUGAUGGUCAUCAAGACAAGAGCUGGCAACAAUAUGCAUCUGCUACUGCUGCUGCAGGUUUAAAGGCCAUUCUUGAAGAGUGGGUUCCAAGAGCAGAUAUGCCUUGACUGUUUAAUAUGCUUGUCAAUCUACUUGCUCACUUUCUCCUCCAUGAUUAUACCAUACAUUGAGUGAAUGAAGCAGUUAGCACUAUCCAUUGGUAAGUAAGUAUAGGUGGUUACAAUCAACUAGAUCGUCGGUAGCAUGAGUCAGGUCGCUGGCAUCCUGCGCUCCAAACUCGUUAGCAGAUAAACCAUGCACACUUCAAGUGCCAGACGGGUGAGAUUGAUAGUCUGCCGGCGUGCAUGCUUUCCUCUUGUAAAUCACGAUUCAAACCCAGCCCCGCCUGAGGUUGUUAGCUUGGGUUUCCUGUACGGCUCCGAUGGAGGCUCCCCAGACAAGAGACGAUUGGACAUUUACUAUUCUACAUCCAGGCCCUUUAUGAGGAUCAAAUCUGUCUCUUAGGGUCUAGAAGCAUGAUUAUGUAUUAUUGCGCAAUAUUUUCUUAUUCAAACUAGCUAUCCGAUCUUCAACACACCUAAGGUAACUGUACAUGCCAACUACAACACUGCUACUGAUUCGCUGGCUUUCCAGUGUACACAAUAUUGACAGCCGUAUCGCUCAGCACAUCAGUGCGCUAUUGCAUCUUACCAUCCUCAGUAACUCUGUCAAUGAUUUCACCACCAGCCAAGUUGGUCUUGCCG